AUAGAAGAAAUAACAAAAAUAUUUUUUUAUAAAUAUGGUUAUCACUGCUAUUAUUCCAUAGUUGAUUAAUAUAUCGAAACUGAUGGGAAAAUCUGGAAGAUCUUUGACUGAAGUAGAAAUUAUAUUGAACGCAAAACACAUAAUUUUGUGUAGACGAUUUGUGCGAAACGACAACAGAUUCAUUGAUAUUGUUAGUGUAUGUUUACAGAGUGCAUCUUAAACCUCGCGAAAUAAAAAUUGUUAUUGAGUUGAAGAAUGACUUUAAAACUUUUGAUUGCACUUGCACUUGCCCUGCUGGAAAUCGAGGUAGAUGUAAGGAUAUAUUUGCAACUUUUUUGUUUGUCAACAUACUAUCAACAACGUUAUAAGGAAUGGUGCUCUUCAAUUCUUCAAAUUUGUACAUCCUUUGAAUUGCUCUCUCGACAUGUACCCUUGCUGCAGGAAUACUGAAUGUUUCUCUACUUUCUUGAUAAGUGGUCCAGCUAUUCGAAAAUUCCAAUGAAAAGUUCAAUUGGCAUCGAAUGAUGCAAAGUAAUUCGAAUGAUGCAAACAAAAACAUUCGAAUAGAAAAUAAUUGAAAGGUUAAGUGGAGCGGCAUGGAGUCGAACUCGAAUUAUGAGUCCGAGUCAAAUGAAAAUGACAAUAAUAAAAAAGACACAAAUGAUAAUAGUAAAAAAGACACAAAUUAUAAUAGUGAAAAAGACACCAAUGACAAUAGUAAAAAAGACACAAAUGACAAAGAUUUUUUACGAGACCAAGUAGCAAAGAACUAUAAAUGUACCUUCCCAGGGUGUAAAGCCACAUUUCCAAGGCCGUCUCGUCUUCAACGACACAUAAAUGUUCAUACAAAUGAGCGACCUUACAAAUGCAGUCAUGAUGGAUGCAAUAGAGCAUACACAAAUUCAUCCCAUCUUAAACGACACUUGGAAACUCAUAAUAUAAUUAACAAAUAUUUCCAAUGUCAAGUUUGCAAAGCUAAUAUGAGUACAUAUAGCAAUCUAAAACGUCAUUAUAAUAGAACACAUAAUAGUACUAGAGAACUUUAUUGUCUUGAAUGUAAGGCAUGGUUCACAAAGAAAAAUCGUUUUGAAGAGCACAUAAAAAUGCACAAAAAUUCAUCAACAUUUAAGUGUGAGAAAUGUGGUAAAGUAUUCCAAACUCACGUACAAUUGAGUAAUCAUCAAAUUAGACAUCAUGAACAAAAGAAGACUUACAAAUGUCCAGUGAUAAAUUGUACACAAAUAUUUGAUAGAUGGCUGUCAAUGUUGAAGCACAAAAGGACUGAACAUGCAGCAGAACAUCUCUGUAUGAUAUGUGACAAAACUUUUACAAAUAGGUGUCAUCUAAAAGCUCACAGUAAAGUUCAUUUGGAAAAUAGGCCUACAAUUCCUUGUCCUUAUGAAAAAUGUUCUAGGCUGUAUUACUUUAGAAGAAAUCUAGAUGCUCAUAUUCGUUCCAAGCAUAUUGGUAAUAAAUUUACUUGUGACAUAUGCAAAAUUGGACUGUCAUCAAAACAAAAGAUAAAAGAACAUAUAAUCAAGAUGCAUCUGACAACUCUAAAACUUUUUAAAAGAAAACCUCAGAGUAUAAGAAAGGAUAGUGGAGUAGCCAAGAGGUCCAUUAUAUCUUCGCUUACUGGUAUCCAAUUAGGAGUUAAAGCUGGUAUACAACUAAUGAAACGAAAACCAGAAGCUCUUCUUAGAGACCAAAUGGUUGAGGACAGCUACAGUUCUUUUUCAGAAGACGAUAAAGCCCUAAGUAUUCGCUUAUAAGCAGUUUAAAUUAAAAAAAAAACAUUUGAUUUGUAAUUUUUACCAAGUUCCUAUUACCCUUUUAAGUAAAUAUUUGUAAGAGUUGUUGAGAAAUCAAGUAA